UCCCCCUCCCGCUCCGUAAGGGCUGCAACGUUCCAUCCGCCGCCCGCCGACGUUCCAAAGCAGGCCGCGCGGACCUUCCCUCGGCAGAAGCCCGGCUCCUUCUUCUUCUUCUUCCUCCUCCUCCUCCUCCGGUUCCCACGCUUUCCACCACCGCCCCCCCCCUCACGUGUCCCGGGCUCCCAGCUGGGGAAAAGGCAAGGAGGGAGGGAGAGACCCGCUCUCGCUGCUAGCUCGCUCGCUCGCUCUUUCCUUCUCACAUGACCCGAGUGUUUGUCCCCGUGAUCAGCGCCUCGGCUCCCGUGUCUCCUCCGCGUCCCCUCUACCUCCAUCCGGCGUGAGAUUUAAAAACUCGUCCCCUCCUUCUCCUGCUGCCUCCCUCCCCCCCCCUGCGUCCCCUUUGGGGGGCCAGCGGGGCGCCCCCCCUUCCCUCCCUCCCCUCCCCCUCCCCUCCCCUCUCUCCCCCCCCCUCCCAUGGACAUGCUGGAACCCGGUCUGGAUACAGCCACCGCCUCCGCUGCUUCCAGCCACGAGAAAGAUCAAGAAAGUGAAGAUGGAGUUGAGCUACGAGAAGGGGACGGCACAAACGCAGAUGAACAGACAGCAGUGGCCAUUGCCAGCGUCCAGCAAGCAGCCUUUGCAGACCAUAAUAUCCAGUAUCAGUUUCGAACAGAGAACAAUGGAGGACAGGUGACAUACAGAGUAGUUCAGGUGACGGACAGUCAGCUGGAUGGACAAACGGAUGCAACGGGGGCCGUUAGCGUGGUCUCGACCGCAGCUUUCACCAGUGGCCAGCAAGCUGUUGCUCAGGCUGUGAUUCAGAACCCUUUCAGCAACGGUGGAAGUCCAGCCACAGAUGCCGUCAGUGGUGAAGCCCGUUUUGCAUACUUCCCUGCUUCCACGGUGGGCGAUGCCACAGCAGUUUCCGUACAGACAACUGAUCAGUCGCUGACACAAGCUGGAGGUCAGUUCUACGUGAUGAUGACCCCCCAAGACGUCUUGCAGACCGGAACACAACGUACCAUAGCUCCUCGCACACACCCCUAUUCCCCGAAAAUGGACGGGACGCGGACACCCCGAGAUGAGAGGCGAAGAGCUCAGCACAAUGAAGUUGAACGGAGGAGGCGGGACAAGAUCAACAAUUGGAUCGUACAACUGUCAAAAAUCAUUCCAGACUGCAAUACAGACAACACCAAGACAGGGGCGAGCAAAGGGGGCAUCCUGUCCAAAGCCUGUGACUACAUCCGGGAGCUACGCCAGACGAACCAGCGUAUGCAGGAGACGUUCAAGGAAGCUGAGAGGCUUCAGAUGGACAAUGACCUGCUACGGCAACAGAUUGAGCAGAUGAAGAAUGAAAACGCCCUUUUGAGAGCACAGCUUCAACAACACGGAAUCGAAAUGGUGGGCGACACCCCAGGGCAGUAGCCCCUUUCCUUCGCCUCUGCCUACUACAUGCCGAAUCUCAGCCUCCCAAUUCUUCUGGGGUGUUUUUUUUGUUUGUUUGUUUGUUUGUUUUACGCCGAAUCCUCUCCUCCCGACAAUAAUGACAUAGCGAAACCCAUCAUCGCCUGUGGGUGGAUGAACCUGCGUUUGAGGACAGGGGAAUGUGGGGAGGGGUAGGAGGGAGGAGGUAGUGGACAGAGGAGAUGGGGGGAGGGGUCUUUUCUACCCCAAACCUUGCUACUGCUCUAAAAGAUGGUAUCAGGCUUUCUUCCCACCAGGUGCAUCCUUGUCCCCUCCUUCCCUUCCCUUCCCUUCCCUUCCCUUCCCUUCCCUUCCCUUCCUUUCCUUUCCUUUCCUUUCCUUUCCUUUCCUUUCCUUUCCUUUCC